UCACCUCGGGAAUAAGCCCACAUCAACACGCCCUUCAGUUCUCUGUUCGACUCAAUAACCAUCAACCAGCAAGAAGAGCGUCUCGGGCCAUCGCCAAGAUGCGCGCCACGACCGCGUCCAUUCUUUCCGCCUCGCUCCUCUUGGGGCAGGCAUCUGCCGCUCUCCAGCCCAUUGUCAUGAAGGGAAGCAAGUUCUUUUACGAAAAUGGCACACAAUUCUACAUGAAGGGCAUUGCGUACCAACAGGACAUCGCCGCCGGGGGUGCCUCGACCGGCAGUACCAAGUAUUCUGACCCUCUGGUCAACGUUGAGGCUUGCAAGCGCGAUGUGCCUCUUCUGAAGGCGCUUCACACCAACACCAUCCGGACGUACGCCAUUGACCCGAAGGGUGAUCACGACACGUGCAUGAAGCUGCUGGACGAAGCCGGCAUCUACGUCAUCAGCGAUCUCGGCGAACCCUCGCUCUCCGUCAACCGCGACAGCCCGUCUUGGGACGUUGAGCUGUUCGAGCGCUACACGGGCGUGGUAGACAACCUCAGCAAGUACAGCAACGUGAUCGGCUUCUUCGCCGGCAAUGAGGUGUCCAACAACAACACCAACACCCCCGCGUCGGCCUACGUCAAGGCGGCCGUCCGCGACACCAAGUCGUACAUCAAGAAGAACGUCGACCGCUGGAUGGGCGUUGGCUACGCCGCCAACGAUGACCCCUUUAUUCGCGCUCAGAUCGCCGAGUACUUCAACUGCGGCGAGCAGAGCGACGCCAUCGACUUCUGGGGUUACAACAUUUACUCGUGGUGCGGCAAGAGCAGCAUGACUGACUCGGGCUACGACACCCAAGUCGAGUUCUUCCGCAACUUCUCCGUCCCCGUCUUCUUCGCCGAGUACGGCUGCAACAUCCCCGACGGCGCCGAGGGUCGCAUCUGGGAGGAGACUAAGGCCCUCUACUCGGACGAUAUGACCGACGUCAUGUCCGGUGGCAUCGUCUACAUGUACUUCCAGGAAGCCAAUGACUACGGUCUGGUCAAGCUCAAGAACGAGGAGGUUUCCACCAUGAAGAACUACGACACUCUCAAGUCGGCCAUCGCCUCGGUGAAGCCCUCGGCCACCUCGAUGGACUCCUACAAGCCGACCAACACCCCCGCCUCUUGCCCGGCAGUCGGCAAGGACUGGAAGGUCAAGGGCGACACGCUGCCGCCGACCCCCGACUCGAGCCUGUGCGAGUGCAUGUACAAGUCCCUGACCUGCGUCCCGACCGAGGACCUGAAGCCCAAGGCGUUCGGCGCCAUCUUCGACUUCGUCUGCGACAAGUUCCCCGAGAACUGCUCCGGCAUCAAGGGCAACACCACAUCGGGCGUGUACGGCGCCUACUCCAUGUGCGGCGCCCGCGAGAAGCUCGGUUUCGUUCUCGACCAGUACUACCAGGGCCAGGACUCCGCGUCCAACGCCUGCGACUUCGAGGGCCAGGCCACCGUCCAGAGCGCCAGCGACGAUGGCAACUGCGAGGACGCCCUGGCUAGCGCCAGCUCGGCCAACCAGAUCGCUGCUACUGCCACCGGCUCCAGCGAUGCCGGCGCCGAGGAGAGCAGCAACGCCGCCAUGGCCGGUGGGCCUCUGCGGGGCGGGUUUGCGCUCGGUGAGAUGGCGGUUGGCCUGUACGUUGUCGUGGCCAUGGGUGUCGGUGCGUCUAUGGUGCUGCUGUAAGGGGAGUUUGGGUAAUGGGUGGUGCAGUGGGGGGUUCGUUUUGUACUGGGUGCCAGUUAGGGGUUGGUUUAAACUAUGCUUUCGGGCUGCUUUGUUGGGUUCUAUCUGUUGUACUUGAGUAAUGCCGAUUUGUUUGCGCAAGAUGAUUUGGUCACUGCUGUGAUAGUUACGGGAUAUUUGUUGAGGCACGGGUGAGGUUGUGG